AGUGUUGCGUUUUGUUGGAUUCUCACGUUUUGACGGCGACUUUAAUUGGAUUCACUUAUUACACUAUUUGUGUUGAGUGUUUCAGUGUUGCUUGUGACAGUUGGUGAAGAAGAAGAGAACGAUCAUGUUCUUUAUUUCCGCAACUCAGUGCUUGUAAUGCAAAAUAAUAUUAAGGCACACAGCUGGGCAAAUCUCGUGCGUACCUUACACUAAAUAAAAGAAAGGUGUUGAGGCCGUCUACGAAGAAAAAUUUGCAAAAAAAAAAAAAAAAAAAUAUUGAUAAAGUCUGGAUAGUUGCCAAACACUUAAUAACAAACCUGUGCCAGUGUAGCAGCUGAUUGUUGAGUCCACUCAUCACUGUCCAGGAAAACAUUGUUAAUUCGCUAUUGUGCUUGAGAGAUUCAAGUAUACUGUUGGCAACUUCUUAUUUAAUCAAAAUGGCUGAUGAUAAAAUGAAAGGUGAUCAGGAUUUUAAGAACCACAGUAAUAAUUCAACUACUUCUCCUCUUCAAGCAAAGCCAGCAUCGGGGUUGAAGCCAAACUAUGCCCUCAAGUUUACCCUAGCUGGCCACACAAAAGCUGUGUCAGCUGUGAAAUUCAGCCCAAAUGGAGAAUGGCUUGCAAGUUCAUCUGCUGAUAAACUGGUGAAGAUUUGGGGUGCCUAUGAUGGCAAAUUUGAGAAAUCAAUCACAGGUCACAAACUUGGUAUCUCAGAUGUAGCUUGGUCUUCUGAUAGCCGCCUGCUUGUGUCUGCCAGUGAUGAUAAAACCCUCAAGAUCUGGGAACUGAGCUCAGGGAAAUGUUUGAAGACAUUAAAAGGACACAGCAAUUAUGUUUUCUGUUGCAAUUUCAAUCCCCAAUCCAACUUGAUUGUCUCAGGCUCAUUUGACGAGAGUGUGCGCAUCUGGGACGUCAAAACCGGAAAAUGUUUGAAAACCCUUCCUGCCCAUUCAGAUCCCGUAUCAGCGGUUCAUUUUAACCGGGACGGAUCUCUUAUCGUUUCGUCAAGCUACGAUGGCCUUUGCCGCAUCUGGGACACGGCUUCCGGCCAGUGCCUAAAAACGCUGAUCGAUGAUGACAAUCCUCCCGUCUCGUUUGUCAAAUUUUCACCCAACGGAAAAUACAUCCUGGCUGCAACUCUCGACAACACACUGAAGUUGUGGGACUAUUCCAAGGGCAAAUGCUUGAAAACCUACACCGGCCACAAAAACGAGAAAUAUUGCAUCUUUGCCAAUUUUUCGGUUACUGGAGGAAAAUGGAUCGUUUCCGGCUCUGAAGACAACAUGGUUUAUAUUUGGAACUUGCAAACGAAGGAAAUUGUUCAGAAACUUCAAGGACACACCGAUGUCGUGCUGUGUACUGCAUGCCAUCCGACCGAUAAUAUCAUCGCAUCUGCUGCAUUGGAGAACGAUAAGACUAUCAAGCUCUGGCGUUCCGACACGUAGACCGCGCAUUUAGCUUUGUCGCAAUGAACCAACAACAAAAAAAUGGGAAAAAAGACGAUGAAAAGCAGUUUUGAGGUGUGUACUUUAUAGGAGAAUUUUGAGAAAAAAAAUGCAAUUUCUUGGUAUAAAAAGUUUCCUGGCAUUCUUGACUUCUCAUGGCCUCCUCGUCGACAAUACAAACAUCUUUUUUUUUAA